AUGAAGCGAUCCGGUUCUGCACGCGUCGCACGCAAGAUUGGCAGUUAUGACGACGACGAAUCCACCACCGACAGCGCGAACAACUCGUCGAGCGAAGUACAGAAGCCUACAGGUCAGUCACAAAUUGUCGCAAUUGCCAGCUUUUCUGACGUUGGGGAAACUCACAGCGAAUCUCUCCAGGCCAACCUGAAAGCUGGCGACUCAGGUGGCUCCGUGCUAACUGGCCUUGUAGUCGUCAAGCGGCCGACGCUUGGUAAAGCGAAGAAGCGUUCAUCCCUACGAGUGUCUUUUGGACCGGGCGAAGACACAAACGAUGGCGACGAAUCGAGUGAUGCGGCGGUCGUGACCCCAAAGAAGGCGAACCUCAGUCGCAUAGCCCUUGAGAAGAGUGCGCAACUGCGGGCGCGUUCCCCCCUCGUACCAGAAGCCGCUCGACCAACCGAGUAUAGCAAGGACUACAUAGCAGAGCUGCGAAACUCGACGCCAUCAACACCUCGGGACCUAAAUACGUCCACCGACGAUCAAGAAGAGACGCAAGCCCUCGACAUUGCAUCGAAAUUCGGCCCCGUCGCAUCGCUCGAGACGUCAUCUGCAAUCCCCACAGAAGCUGAGAUUCGAGAGAAGAAGGCACGGAGAAGACGCCUGGCCCAUGAAGAGAAUGCCAUGGAUGACGACGACCGCGCAUGGGCAUCUGACGACCAGGGAGAUGAUGAGUUUAGGCAGCACAGGAAUGAAAUUUCUCUGCGACCGAAAGAAAAGUAUGCAGAGACGCGUCUGGUACAUGAUGAUGAGGACAUAGCCGAAGGUUUCGACGAUUUUGUUGAAGAUGGCAAGAUAUCGCUCGGUCGCAAGUCAGAAAGGGAAGCGCAACGAAGACGGCGCGCGGAAAUGGCAGAGCUCAUCAAUGAUGCCGAGGGUGCUUCAGGGGAUGACGGGACAGACGACUCAGACGAAGAGAGAAACACCGCUUUCGCUGCAGCCCAAGCACGCGCAGGGCGAUACGGACAAAAGAUCGAAGACGCAGACGACGGCACGAAGACACCACCACGCAUUACGCCCCUUCCAGAUCUAGACGAAGUCCUAGAAGGUCUCACAAUCGAUAUACAGACAAAGCAGCAGAGGAAGAACCUGAUUCUACAGAAGCUACAAGACCUCCAGGACGACAAGGUUAAGAUUGAGGAGCGGAAGAAGUAUCUCCAGGAGCAACUGCAGAAAACAGGUGACGAGUAUGAGAAGCUACGUCAAGAGUCUGGACUUCCAGCGCUGCCUGCAAAUGGCGUCGAGGGAGGCCGUUUGAUCAUGGAGAGAGGGUUAGAUAGUCUGGGCACUACGCCUAUGACUGGCAAUACACCAGUGGCUGGUAGAUCUAGCGACGACUCUGAUGAUGAGUAG